AAAAAAGCAAAAAAAAAGAGCUCAGCACUGUUCUUGAUUGCUGCACAGCUACAAAGCUGCAGUGAGUCAGCACUGAGACCGCCUUCCACAGGGCCACUGGUCUUCAUACCAUAGUCAGUUGUGCUCUGCUUGGGUCGCCUGACCAUGAUGUUUUCAUUCAUAAAGCAGCAACACAGAGGGUCCAUUGGAGCAUGGAAGAGAAGACCAACCAUUUUCCUCAAAGGGGCUUGCAGGUGGCAGGUGUCUCAUAAAGAAUGUCCGAAUGGUUGCUGAAGGUUGCAGAGCUGAUCUUUGGGGACUGAGCAGGCUUAGCUGGAGGAGGCUGGUUUUCCCACUAUGCCUCUUCUUGUCUAGACUUAAGUCAGUGCCCUCAAUAUUCCCUCCAGGGGACAAGAGGAGCUUGAUGUCUUAGACUCGUAAUCCCAGUGGACAUUCUGUGACUUAAAACAAAGGAGAAUGGUAGCUAAUGGUCCUAUAGAAGCCACAUGACAUAGUGUGACUAAAUCAAAUCAAUACCAGCUCUUGGCUGAAUGCCACUGUGUAGUUUCCCUAGCCAUUUUCUUCAUGAUCGUUCCCCUCCCACCCAAUGGCUAAAAGCCUUUAUAUAAGUAAUCAGCAGAGUUCAUAAGUUCGCAAAAGCCACAACACAAUGUCAUUCUCAGUCUUAAGAAUUCCCCUAUGAAAAAGCACUUAGGUAUGUAAGUGAAAGAUGCCAGCUGUGUAACUGAAUACUCAAGGAUCCUCAUUCAGUGAUGUCACCAAAGGCCUCUAUUUUAAUAUUUAGCCUCAGAGUGCAUGUGCCUACAGGUUACACUGAGUCCUUGAACAAAACCUUUGUAAACCUGUUUAAAAAGCUUGAUGACCAUGAACCAAGCCUGCAUCCAGGCAUGGGGGGCACCAUGAAGGAUUAGAGAGCCCUGACAUUGAAAAGCACCUUGGAAGAGCCUCUUCCAACCCUCUUCGCACCCAGGGCCGAUCCUGAGUGGGCAAAGGGUGCUACUCAGUGGGACAAGGACCCAGGGUCCUUUCAGCCUGGGGCCUAUCCACUGUACCACUCUGUCUCCCUAUACAGAGUGAAUAUUAAGAACAAAGUUGUCUUUAAUGGCUAGAGAAAAUGUAUUACCAGAAAGACUGUUGUAUCCUCUCAUCUGGGGUUGAAGAUGACUUUCAUUUGGGUUUUCUCCCUCCUCCUGCCCACCCCAACACACACUCAUACGCUCAUCUGUUUUCAAAUACACAAUGAUGGCACUUUUGUGCUGGAUUACUUUAAUCAGGUCUAACUAGACAAGCAGGAACUUUUCUUAGGCUAGUUUGUGUAAAGCAGGCCUCAGAAAUGAACAUGUCUUGAGCAAUGAAAACAGUAUUUAUGGGAAAAAACAGAAACUAAAGGUAAUCUCCUGUUGUGAUCUGCAAGAGGGUGAGAUGCAAGGGCAAGCAGAGCUCCACAGGGGACUCCAAAGCACAGCUGAGGAUGUGGCCAUCCAACCACAAAUGGUGCUCUGGGUAACACAGUGGUAGAGGAGUGAGGGGAGUGCUCCCACCACGCUCAGGCACAGCACCUCUGGGGACAACUCGACCAAAUGGAAUAAGGAACACUUUAUCUGGGCCCACUAGAGCAGAUCCAACCAAUCAUUAGGAGUACUUGGAAGAGACCAAAGCAGGAAGGAGAUGGGGAGGACUGGAAAAGAGGGGUGCUACCACACAGAUCAGGUCAAACAGCCUACUAGGGACCACCAUCUCCUAGAAGGAAGUCACCUGUGAGGAGUCCAUCUGACUCAGGCAGUCUUGGUGAAACCCAAGCUAGGGCUAACUAGGGGCUGGCUCUUGAGCAAACCAGAGGCCAGCAAAUGGCCUCCCCUGUCUUCAGGGUUGGGAGUGGCCACAGAGCCAUGGUUUCUCAGCUUAUCUGGGGCCUGGUCCUAUGACACAAUGUGACUUUCAGAAGAUGGGAGACUUUUCUGGGAACUUGAACCACACCUGUUUAUACUUUUAGAAAAGGGAGAAGCUGAAGGCAAUGCCACCUGUCUACUCCCCCAACACCUGGCCAGCGUCCCCUCUCCAGAUUGGCUGAGAGCCACCUUUGUGACAUCGUGUGACAAAUACAGCAGAUGGUGAGUUAAGUCACUGGUUGCCCUGAUACCGAGACUCUAGAAUUUUGUGGACGGUAUUUACUGGGCACGCCUACUCUGACUGAAGGCAUUUUGGACUUGCUAGGACAGUGAUAAGGGUCUUGGGUACAAAAUGCUCCUGAUUCUGGUGUAGCUCCAUGGCGAGUCAGAACACCGAACAGGAAUAUGAAGACAAGCUGGCCCCGUCUGUUGGUGGAGAGCCAACAAGCGGGGACCCCUUUAGUUCUUCACCUGAUCCAAAUCCAGAUUCCAGCGAGGUUUUGGACAGACACGAGGACCACGCCGUGAGCCAAGAUCCAGGCUCCCAAGAUAACUCACCACCAGAAGACCGAAACCAAUGCGUGGUCAACACGGAAGACAACCAGAACCUUUUUAGGCUCUCCUUCCCAAGAAAGCUUUGGAUGAUCGUGGAGGAAGACACAUUCAAGUCUGUGAGCUGGAACGAUGAUGGAGACGCCGUGAUCAUCGAGAAGGAUCUCUUCCAGAGGGAAGUUCUUCAACGGAGAGGUGCAGAGAGGAUCUUCGAAACAGACAGCUUGAAGAGUUUCAUUCGCCAACUGAACCUCUAUGGAUUCUGCAAAACACGCCCAAGCAACUCUCCAGGAAACAAGAAAAUGAUGAUCUACCACAACUCCAAUUUUCAGAGAGACAAGCCCAGGCUCCUGGAGAAUAUCCAGAGAAAAGAUGACCUCAGAAACACGGCUCAGCAAGCAACCUGUGUCCCACCUCCAAAGAGAAAGAAGCUGGUAGCUACAAGACGCUCCCUACGUAUCUAUCACAUCAAUGCCAAGAAAGAAGCCAUCAAAAUGUGUCAGCGGGGAGCCCCCAAUGUUCAGGGACCCAGUGGCACUCAGUCCUUCAUGUUCUCUGGCAUGUGGUCCAAGAACAGUAUCACUGGGCAUCCCCUGGGAAAUAGGCCCCCUCAGGAACCAAAUGGCCCAAGUUGGGAGGGCACCUCUGGGAAUGUCACAUUUGCAUCUUCGGCUACUGCCUGGAUGGAAGGCAUAGGGCAAGUGCCUAGUAGCCCAGUUUACUCAGAUAAUGGUAGUGUAUUGUCUUUGUGCAAUAUCUGUUACUCCAUUCUGUUGGCCACCCUCUCAGUCAUGUCUCCAAAUGAGCCCUCUGACAAUGACGAGGAGCAGGAAGGCUCCUCAGAUUACAAGUGUAAACUCUGUGAACAGUUCAGAAACAAUGCAAGUCCGUGAACUCACAGGCCACUAAUGACCAAUAAAAGUUGCCAUUUGCAAAUGAGAAACACAUUUUUGGUCUUAAUAAAGAAAAACAAAAUUCCAUGGAAAUAAAUAAUAAACAAUUUAAAUGAGACCUGUUGUCUGUGUUCUUUUUAACAUUCUAUAUUAUACACAUCUCAUUGGCACAAGCCAGGGGAGGCUGGAAAUCCUGUCCAAGACAGGCUUUGGUCCCCAUUGUCCUCGUUUAUUUGGAGAAGCAGCAUUUUUGCACACUCAGCAAAGGAUACUGCUAGAAGUGUCGAGACCAAGCCCAGGAAGACCUGGUCCCCUGAGAUUGGCCUGCUAGUCAGGAGAAAGAAUAGACUCACGCCUGAUUCUGGCAGUAUCUUCCUGUAUCUUCAAACAGGAGAUUGUUUCCUCAUGGGUCCCUCCCAAUGCUGCCAGGAAGUGUCUGAUCAGCAGCUCAGCACCCCUAGCCUAGCAUCCAGGGUCCUCCAAAGAGGUCCACUUGAAAGUCAGGCCACCCCAUCUGCCAUGGGAUGUACGACCACCAUGACAUCCUGGCUCAGAAGAGAAGGGCCACUGCAGUCAAUACCUGGGGGGAAAUGCCCAUCAUCCUCAAAGAUAACAACUAGAAACUUUGCUAAAUCACCAAAAAAAAAAAAAAAAAAAAAAA